AUGUCAGACAGCAGCGACGAUGAAACACUUUUCUUCUCAGAAACGACCCAAUUCGGAACUGACGGCACUUUUGAUCGUGUGCUGAAGGCUGGACAUCGAACGAAGGCGGUGCCUGCUAUCUUUGUACAUGCUGGAGCCGGUUUCCAUAGCCACCAGAAUGAACAGAUUCAUCUCCAGGCCUGUGUAGCUGCCGCCGAGAUGGGUAUGAGAUUUCUCAAAGCCGGUGCUACCGCAACCGAAGCCGUCGAAGCCGCUCUCCGAAUCCUUGAGGACAAAGAAAUCACCAACGCUGGCUAUGGUUCUAACCUUUCAAUCGAUGGCAUUGUUGAAUGUGAUGCUACCGUUGUUGAUCAUCUCGGCCGCAGCGGUGCCUGUGGUGCUGUUCCAAAUAUACGCAACCCAAUAUCUCUUGCCAAGCUCAUUCUAGAUAGAAGCAACAAGCCAUUGAGCCUACGACGAGUUGCUCCAAACGCCCUCGUAGGGGAAGGCGCCAGGACCUUUGCAGAGGAGCAUGGGUUGACAACAUAUGCAAAUGAGUACAUGGUCUCAAAGAAUGCUAAGGAUCGAUUCUUGCGCUGGCAGGAAGAUCUAAAGCGGGCUGACGCUAAAGUCCGGGAGCUCACAGCUUCGCCUGAGGUCGAAGCUCUUAUUGCAUGCCCCCCGUGUCAGUACGAUACCGCACCAGCAGUAAAAUCAGAGCAGACACUACUACCAAGGGAUCAAAGAGCUGCUAUUAUUGCCGGCACUUGGAACGAAGGACAGCCUGAUUCACCGUACGUUGGAACACCGAGUCAAGAUACGACGCCUUUGCCAGAUCAACCUACGUCUACCAGCUACUUUCGAACUAUGGGCACUCCCACGCCUGCAUCCAGCCGCUCUCCCUCUGUUCGACCAGCCCAUGAGAAGGCAGCACAGACGUAUGCUGGGGUGGUUAGUGGUGCUCAAGAUACAUCGCCAUCCCCUUUCCGCACUAGGAUGCUAUCUCGAAAGAUAAAUCCUACGACUGAUGAUUUCACACCAGUCAUGCCGGAAAAUACACCAACUCAGCAGCGGCAACGCCUACAUACUGCAAACAAGACCGACCACACACUACCGGAGACUCCUGCCUGGAACAAGGGUCACGGUUCAGAUCACCAAAGCUCCGCAAGUCCUCGUGGGGUUAAGCGACCUCUCAGCCCAGAUGACAAAGCACAGCCUCACUCACGAGCAGUAAAAGAUCGUCUUCGUUUGGGGUCUGCGAAUGAGGACGCUAUCACGGAUACUAUUGGUGCCAUUGCGAUUGACGAUCGGGGUCAUAUUGCAGCCGGGUCUUCCUCAGGCGGUAUUGGGAUGAAACACCGAGGCCGCCUGGGGCCCGCAGCUCUCGUAGGAGUUGGAACAGCCGUUGUUCCUUGUGAUGAGGAAGACGAAGACCAAGUCGCUGUCGCUGCAGUCACGAGUGGUACUGGAGAGCACAUGGCUACAACUAUGGCCUCCCAACGGUGUGCCGAGAGGAUUUACCAUGGUACAAGGCGCGGCCGAGGGGGUGCAAACGUGCAGGAUGACGACGAAGAUGCCAUCAUGGAAUCUUUCAUUGCCGAAGACUUCAUGAAGCAUCCUGGUGUCAAAAACUGCCAUUCAGCUGGUGCCAUCGGUGUCAUGGUUGUCAAGAAAACACAGACAGGAUACUACUUCUACUUUGCUCACAACACAGACUCGUUCGCCCUCGCUUCAAUGGGAGGAUCGGAAAAACAGCCUAGCUGUACUAUGUCCCGACUUUCUGAUAGUGCUGACAUCGCCAAGGGUGGACGCAAAGUUCGACUUAAGUAA